UGAAUCAUGCUCACUGACCUUAAACUUCAGUAGUUGUGGCUCUGGUAAAACGUCAAUAUUUUGGAUUUGUUGAUGAGAAAUUAGAAAAUUAUUGGUAAUUUAAUUGUAUAUUAAACAAGGAGAUCCUUGCUUUCAACUUUAAAAGUUCAUUAACGCAAAUAGAACUUUUGUUUGUAAACAAUGCCGAAAAUUGAGAAAGUGAAAGUACACGUCAAGGAGCGGGUGGACGACAAUGUUUGUGAUUUGAGCUUGAGUGGUAUUAGCGAGAUUCCAGUGCGUGAAAUUGCUUCCUUUAAACGAGUUAGUGUGCUGGAUCUAUCAAGUAACUGUAUCACCUCUUUGGGAAAAAGUUUCCUUACGCUCACACGGCUCGUCAAACUCGAUCUUAGCAAAAAUCAAAUCCGGUAUUUACCAGAAGAGUUUGGUUUGCUUCGUAAUUUGCGUCAUUUGGACUUGUAUGACAAUAAGUUGGAGCAUCUACCUCUAAGUUUUGGUUAUUUAACAAACUUGCGAUACUUGGAUUUGAAAGGAAACCCCUUAACACCCGCUCUGGCAAAAGUAGUUGGGUUUUGUCUCACUACGAAAGAAUGCCAGGAUUCAGCCAAAAACACUGUGAAAUUCUUGGGUCGAAUGCAAGCUGAAGCUGAAAAGGCUAAACAACAAUUUCAACUUCAGGCGCUAAACACUACUGGGGCUUUUAGUGAUUACAUUAGCACCGAAGAAAAACCACUUGAAAAUCAAAAAUCAAAAAAGUCAGCUAAGAAAGCUAAAUCCAAGUCAAAAAAAUCCACCGCCAACAACAAUAAUAAUGAUAUAAGCCAUGAAGUAAACAUUGCACCAGUAAACGUUAAUAAUAAGACAACCAAGUCAAGAAAGAAUGCAAAUGGGCCAACGAAAAAGUCCAUCUCAAAAUCCAGCACAGCACUUACCACAGUUUUCACGUUUUUCAUGCUACU